GUCAACACCAAACUCUCGAAGAUCGAAACCCAGAUCCCUCGCUGCCAUGGAUUCCGGCGACUGGGACGACCUCCGCCGCGAAGCUCGCCGCCUCGAGGGUGACCUCGACGUCCGUCUCUCCUCCUACGGCAAGCUCGGAGCGGGUUAUGCUGAUGCGAGAGCUCCGGUGAGCGAGUCUCACUGGAAGUCGAUGGAGAUGGAGAUCGAGAACCUCUUGGAGCGGCUACUUGAUGUCAAUGAGGCCAUGAGCCGCUGCGCUCCUGCCGCCACACCCGCCGCUGCUGUCGCUCAGAAGCUCACCCGCCACCGAGACAUCCUACACGAGUUCACCCAGGAAUUCAAGCGCACCAAAGGAAACAUAUUAUCCAUGAGGGAACAUGCUGAGCUUCUUACUUCAGUUCGCAAUGACAUAAAUGAACACAAGGCAUCGAGUGGUGCGCAGCUUGUGCCAAGUCUAUUGAGAGAGCGUGCAGCCAUACAUGGAAGUAUUACUCAGAUUGAGGAAGUAACCAAUCAAGCUGAUGCUGUAAAAGGAGUAUUGGCAGCCCAAAGACAUACCUUCAGUGACAUACAAGGGAAAGUAAAGCAUUUGAGUGAGAGAUUUCCUGUGAUCCGAAAUCUCCUGGGGGCUAUCAAGCGCAAGAAAUCAAAAGACACUCUUAUUCUCUCGGCUGUGAUCGCAGCAUGUACAUUGUUCCUCAUAGUAUAUUGGAUCUCAAAAUGAUCUUGAAAUGAUCUUUCAUCUCAAGGACCAAUCUUGAAAGCACAUGAACUCAAGAAAGAGCCUCAACAGCCAAAUUUAGAAUCAUACACAAAAAUGGCCCUCUUUGAAGUCAAAAGGAGGGCAAAAAAUCUGGAAUGUAUGGAAGGUUCACUGGAGGCUUCACAUUGAGUUUCUUUAGAUAUGUAAAAGAAUCUGCUACUGCAGAAAUCAUGAUUCAUACUGGUCUCUCAAAAUGUUGUGGUGACAUGAUUUAGAGUAUGGACCUUGAUGCAACAUUUAAGACGAGGAAACAGCCCUAGGCCAAAAGGAUGUGUACAUAUAACCAUUUACACUGACAGGCAUUUUUUCCCCCCAAGUUCCAUUGCCAGGAUAUGUCUUACUGCAGCAAUUUAGUUCCAGAAUAUUGCUGCAAUUACCAAGAUGAUUAUUUAGAGACAUUGCUUAAAAUGCAAUCAUUUCUCCGGGGCUUUUUGUCUUUCCUCAGUUCACUUUGUUGGAAUCCUGUAUCCUGUCUAUGCUUGAGAACACGCCCUAUAUAAUAUGAAGUACUAAAUGAGCCUAAUGAGGACAUUUAUGAAUUUGAUGA